AUGGCGAAAACGAAAACGGUCAAUGGAGUGAAAAUAUCCGUCAAAGCAGCAAAGAAAGCAAAAGCAGCACAAAAACUUGAACGACAAGAAAAGAAAAAGAACAACAACAACAAAGCAGGUGCCAAAGGGAAAGGAAAAGGAAAAGAUGGAGACGAUGAGGAUGAUUUGGAGAGCAUACUUGAGCAGAUGCGACAAGAAUGGGAAGCGGCACAUUCUGUUACAGAGGAAUUAGUUGAAGGGCCUCCGAGUCGGAGAGCUAACGCUACAUUGACGGCGUGUCCUACUGGAAAUCAUUUAUGGUUCAUUGGAGGGGAAUUUUUCAGUGAAGAUGGCAAAGCGUAUUUUUAUAACGAUGUGUUUCGGUACUCGCCAGAGAAGGACGAAUGGCGAAAAUUCGUAUCACCUACUUGCCCAGGUCCCCGGUCAGCACACGCCGUCGCGGUAACAGCAGCUGGAGGAGGGAAAUUAUUCUUGUUCGGUGGUGAAUUCUCCUCUCAAAACCAAACGACGUUCUACCACUACCGCGAUUUUUGGUGUUUCGAUAUCUCUACGCAUUCUUGGGACCGAAUCGAAACGAAAAUUAGACCGACGGCAAGGUCUGGACAUCGAAUGGCGGUUUGGAAACAUUAUAUCGUUCUUUUUGGUGGCUUUUUCGAUCCAGGCAUCACAACACGAUACCUCAAUGACCUUUGGCUAUUUGAUACGCAAGAAUACAAUUGGCGGCUGAUAGAAUACAAGCCGAACGAAAGUCGUCCUUCUCCUCGUAGUGGGUUCUCCUUCAUAGCAACUUCCGAAGGAGUCAUCCUUCACGGCGGAUACUGCAAAGAAUACUCGAAAGGCAAACGCCCUGUCGGUAUCAUGCUCGAAGACACCUGGGUCCUCAAAAUGUCUCUUCCAGAUCCGAGUGCCCAAAAUGCCAACCCCUCCUCAUCCUCUUCACCCAGUAUUCCUGCUGCAUCAACAAGCAAGAAAAAACUCCUUGCCUUAAAUUAUCCCACCGUUAAAUGGGAACGACGGAAACGUCCUUCGACGGCCUAUGCUCCGGCCUUACGGUCGGGAUGUACGAUGACGGCGUGGACAGCGAAGGAAAUGGGCGUAAUGUUCGGUGGUGUGACGGAUGAGGAUACGAAUGAGGAGACGUUGGAGAGUGUAUUUUGGAAUGAUUUGAACGCAUACCAAUGGACCGGAAAAGGCCGAUGGUUAUCUUUGACGUUGAGGAAGCCAAAGAAAAAGGCCGGUGCUGGAAGGAAAAAGCAAGGUCUUCAACCUCCCCCUCAGCGUGGCGAUGAGAGUGACGACGAACACGAAGAUUUCAAAACAUCUGCCAUCAAAGCAACACCCCAAGCACCUUCAACCGUUACCACAAAGCGACUUAUCGGAGACGACAUUGAUCCGGAUGACCCGAUACUCACCACCCCACUACCUCGAUAUAACGCAAUGCUUGCCGUGCAGAAAAAUUCCUUGUACAUUUAUGGCGGCAUAUUCGAACGCGGGUCGCGUGAAUACACUUUAGACGACUUUCACUCGAUCCAACUUGACAAAAUGGAUCGGUUCGUGUGUUUGAAGGAGAGCGGGAUCGUUAUCGAAGAGGGAGAUGAUGAAAGUGACGAGGACGACGCGGAUGGCGACGAAGAUGAAGACGAAGAAGAAGCCGAUGACGACGACGAAGAAUAUGGAUCCGACGACGAAGGAACAAUUGUUGGAAGCGUGACGACCAAAGACGAACAAGAAGAAUUAUACUAUCGCCUCAGGGAUGAUGAUGAUGACCUAGAAUCCAUCGCCACCAUCGAGGAAGAAGAAGAAUACUUCGAAGACGAGGAUGAGUUGACUACGACGAAGAAGAUUCUUAUUGCAAAGGCCGAACUCCGUUCGCAAGCUACCGCGUUCAUGGGCGUAUCAAAGGAUAACACGAGACUGCCUGAGGAUAUACUCAGUACGCCUCUACCGGGAGAAACGCUGGCUAUGUUUUAUGCUCGGUCUCGUGACUACUGGUCCCAAAAAGCUCAUAGUGCCACCGGCACCGCCUCGACCGACGCUCGAGGCAAACAACUUCGUAUCGCUGGGUUCAGUCUAGCUGAAGAACGAUACAGGGAGUACAAGCCUAUCCUGCAAGAAGUGGAAAAGAUGCUGUCAGAGGCUGGGCUUGAUGAGGAGGAGAUACGCAGGAGUGCUGCUGGUGGGGCGGAUGCAGGAUCGGGGAAAAGUAGGAAUCGUCGGUAA